AUGACAACGACGAUGGCUUCUAAAACUCCAGCAGUCGACCCAGCAGAUGUGUCAGAAGAUGAGCAAGAAACUCCAAUUUACUUGGAGACGCCAGACGCCCCCAAACCACAAAAGCCCAUCAAGAAGGCCACAGACAUUGAUUGCUGGUCCAUGAACCUCGAUGCCUUCAUUCUCAAUCAGCACAUCUUUAACAAAGAGCACUUUAUCGCACCACUAAGUAGACCUGACAACUCGUCAUUCCUGUCGGGAGAGUUCUCAGCGCCAGAUGCAAUCCCCAAUGUCGACAUUGACGGCGCGUAUCCAUGGUACUCAAACUCUCGAAUUGCGGAUAUCACAAAAAGACCGGAAAUUGAUAAGAAUGAUCAAAAUGUCUAUGACGGCAUGUUGCGCAAAGAGCGAUUGGGCGUCUAUCUCCAUUGGACGCUGCCGCAGCAUUUCCGUAAUGGAAAAACGGAGGAUACUGACGAUGAGAAGGCAGGCGAUGUCGCACAAACACAUUUGCCAGAUCGUUGGAUAGUCUUCAGAUGCAUCACUGAAGCUUCUGAACCCGGCGCUCCUGCGUUGGCGGCUUUCAUAGUUGAGAGCAAUCGCAUCCGCCAUUUUGGCGGACAUUUUGACCCUUCCACAGACGAUACUUUCGAUGUCGAGACAGAGGCUUCUCCCUUCAUUGACCAGAAAGUCUCAGUGGAAAAGCAGGUCGAUGUGUUUAUGGGUAUGAGACGCAAAUUUGACGAUGACUGGAAUGACCCUGAUCCCAAUGGCAUUUACCACUCGCCGUUAACCUUGUUGGACUCUGCGAACCCUCUGUUCGCAGACUUCCAGCAUCACAACUCAAAUAUCUUCUCCAUUCACGACGAUGUCUCAUGGAAAGACAGCGCUGGUAAAACUAUCCAGCCUGCGUCUGCGACUAUCUCUUACGCUGUGUUUGGCUAUCAUUCGACAUUUCAUUCGCAGCAUGACGAGAGAAGAUCUAUUACCCACGGUGCCAUGUACAAUGUUAAGUGGACAAGAAAUGCACCACCCAAAGAGUCUGAGGCGCUCAAUAUCGCCAGGAACGUGAGCAGCAAGCAGCCUAUAGCUAUGGGGUCAGACUCCCUGGAAGCGCUCGAGGCCUAUCUUCAUGCUUUGCCAGAGGAAAUUAUCGCCGUGGAAGAGAAAGGCGACAAUCAGAAACAGGAGCGCAAGCCCUGGAGCAACAGCGACUGGAUUGCGCUCAUCGACGAGAUGAAGAUGGCAAUUGGACAAUCCGGUCAAGGCGGACUUCUCGACGCUCACGUACCGCAGAACCUCAGAGCGGGUUUCAAGCCUACAGAUGGAGGCAAGAAAUGGCGCUUCAAUAAUGACAAUGUCUCGGCGGAUGGAAAUGACCAGGCCAUUGACCCCAACAAGAUGAAGGAACUGCGUCUUCCUACCGCGAAAGAAAUGAUAGCCUUGCUCAAAGCGGACAGGUUCCAAGCUUACAUAGAUGCUCUGGACCGUCAGGAAGGAUACCUUCGUCAUCGCCUCUUCUGCGAGUGGUGGAAGCGUCGGGCCCGUGUAACAGGAGGUCGAUGGGCAGAGCCUUCAAUUCGCGCGGAAUGCAGCAAGAGAAUCCGCGAAGAUCUAGCAGCUUUGAAGACCGUCAAAGAGUUGCGCAGCAGGUAUAAUCAGGACCUAGUACCUGCCGAUCCUGAAAGGAUGCACGCUACUGCUCGAUCAGAGUUCUUCAGCCGCACGUCUCCUUCAAUUAUCAUGGGCGGGCUUGGUACAGCGUGGCCUUCAGAGUUUCUUGUCAAGAAGAACAACAAGGCUAGACCACUGAGCUCACUGCCAUUCACUGGAAAGCAGGGCGCUGAGCUCGUACAGCAGUGGUUGAAGGAGCUGGUGGGAGCCAAGUCAGGCGAUGCGAAUCAUCAGCUCUGCAUGGUUCACGGCAUGAAGCUCUUUUUCCAGAAUCCAGAACUAGUCAAGAAGAUCACCGAUGCACAAAAGUCAAACAAGGGCCUCAUGCGACUUCCAGACUUGUUUGAGUCUCUGGACAGCCUCAACGCUCUCAACUACACAGCACCAGGAUGGGUCCGUGUCGGAGUUGAUGCGUUAAUGCAAGAGUGGGCGUAUGCCUUGAGUAUCGGCGAUCCAGAGAAGAUGAAGGCGCCUAGACCUGCUUACUACAACAAAGCCGACACUCACUGGAAUGAUACGCAACCAUGCCGUGUGUUGUUCCUAGAGUGGGAGAUUGAGUACUACCAUCUGCCCAAGCGAUUCUGGACACUGCAGAGAUUAAGCGAUGGUACUGCAGACUACAGAAUCGCUCCCGGAGUCAACAUCUCUUCAUUCGACAUGAUGGAUCUACACAAGCGUACUGUCUCCGGACGAAGUAUUCUACGUCCCAAUGCUGAGUGGGCCAUGACAACGUUGGCGCAACAGCUUCUGGACAAGCUAGAUAACGAGUCUCUCGAGAAGGCAGGCCUAGCAGGUGGAAAGACAGCGAUUCUUUCUCAGCUAGAGAAGGCCCUGAAGAGUCUCAAUCUCGUAUCCGGAAAUCUCGACGGUUUCACGGAUCAGCUUCUCACUCUUCACGGUGGAAUCCACGUUUCGCCAUAUAAAUCCGAUACGCAUCCCCCUCGUAAUGAGAAAGAGACAUCGCUUCUAAACGCGCUGCUGGAGUCUGAAAACGGCCACGACGUUACGCCUUUCGGAGAAGACGUUUGCUCUAUUGACAAAGCAGAGCGGGACUUCAAGCCUGUUACCCACGGCCAAGCACGCUUCACAAAGUUCAACAUCGUCGAUAAAUUCGGCCAGGUCGUCUCGCCAAUCCACACUCCAGACGUCAUCAAUAAGGCUAAGCCUCUGUAUCCCUGCCUCGGCCGCACGAUAGCGUGUCAACCGAACGAAGCAGAGGGCGGAGGCUUUGCCAACAGUGUGGAACUAGAUGAAGAGCAUCGCUCGCAAUUCUUCCAGCUCGGUCACCGCAUCAAUCAAGACGCCAGACUCAACGUUCAAUUUGUGGUGAAUUCCGCUGACGUUGCUGCUCACCACGAGACAACGCAGUUUUUCAGUGGUGAUUAUGAAGGAGGUAUUGGUCGGAGACAUCAUGUCUGGCGCCCGACUACCGAGUACGAGGAUCCUGUCUGGGGCUGGUUGAUGCUUGACUUCCGCACGAUGGGCAUUCAAGUCUACAAUGCCGCCGGUGAAAGUAUGGGCGAAGCUCUGGUACCGGAUAAUAUCCACGGCAAGGCAUAUUGGCAGGUUCACUACGCCGAGGGUGACAUGUCGGAAGCAGCCAAUGAGUCGUCGCAGCUUCAACAGCUCAUGAAGCGCAUGUCUGAUGCCAAGUUCCUCGUUGGUCUAUGGGCAAUGCUUGCUGAUGCAUGCCAGAAUAUUUACAACGACCCUUUGACUGGUGAUGCGCAGAUGCUCAAUAUGGUGGGACGACCGCUUGCGCUUGUCAAUAUCGGUAUGAACCUUGAACUUGCCACGCCUGUGAUGCAGUCGCAGAGCUACCAGGACUUGUUGAAGAAGGAGGAGAUUAAACUUGACGAGUACAAGUUUGAGGUUCUUCUUGGCGACAAGUCGAAUCUGCGUGAUGGACUUAUCGGCUACUUUCCUCCAUCGCCAGAGCCAUCUACACCCAUCGAACCCGCUCCCAUUCCACAGCCUCAAGACCGCGUUGCAAACAAAGUCCCCGACAUCAAUUGCGUCUACACCGAGUUCGGUUAUCCAGGACGUAACAUCGUCGCGGGUGAUAACCAGAAACCGGACUCGUUCGCCUCUCCUAGCUCCAGCAAGGUGUAUCUCUCGCCUAUGCAUGUCGAUCCCUCCAAGUGCAUACCUGAUCCUACCAAAGAAUACGCCAAAGCGUACGACGCAGCAGCAGCUUACCAUCGCGGCAUCUGGAACCAUCCUUCGACCGUUGUCCUCGGCGCUAUCGUCGACCCUUACCAGCCCGUUCAUAUCGCCACGGGUAUUCUACCAUCAACAACCCUCAAGCUUCCCCAGUGGAUCAUUGACCAGACCCUCAAGAAGCUACGCAUUCUCUUGCGCGGUGGACCCGUCCUCACACGAUCAGACCUUCCAGGUAUCGACACCAGUCUCGAUUCAUGGAAGAAGCCUAUGAACCAGACUACGGCUGAAGCAUGUAUUCCUGCCCUUACGGACAAGGGCGAGUGGUCAUGGCUACAGCCUAAUCUGGCGCCGUAUACACUGCCUGGAGAUGAUGAUGAGUACCUACCCCAGUUCGUUCCGUACAACUUGAAGUCAGCGCCUUCAGACUAUCCCUUGGAGAUGGGUCCGCAUACGGUGCUCGAGGGUUUCUACAAGUUCGAGCUAUCUCAGAUGAAGCCAAAUGCAAAGCUGAGAGCAGGUAACCCAGCGGAGGGUAGUGACACAAAACAACAAACGGAAGUGAAGAAGUAA